AGGCAGUGAGUGCUUGGAAAGACACGCCAUGGCUGCAAGGACUGUCCCCCAUGCCUACCCCAUGAGUUCGGAGUAUGAGUUUGCCAACCCUAGCAAGAUCUAUGACCAGAACUUUGGAGAAGGUGUGUCCCCAUGUGAGAUCUUAGCGCCUGCUCUGUACCAUGGCUACUACAUCAGGCCUCGGAUCAAUAAGCAGCUGGACCGAGGCACCUCCGAAAUCAGCCUCAAUGAGCACAAAUUCGAGGUAUUCCUGGAUGUCUGUCACUUCCUGCCAGAUGAGCUCACUGUCCGCACCGUAGACAACCUGCUGGAGGUGAUGGGGCAGCACCCACAGAAGGCUGACCGCCACGGCUUCAUCUCCCGAGAGUUCACCAGGACCUAUAUCCUUCCUCUGGAUGUUGACCCCUUACUGGUGAGAGCCACGUUGUCCCACGAUGGCAUUUUAAGCAUUGUGGCUCCCCGGACAGGGAAGGAGGUCAAGGCCAGGAUCAACGAGGUGAAGAUAACCCAACAGGAGCAGCCAGCAGGGAAAGAAGAACAGUCUGGGGAAGGAAAAGAGAAGAAAGAGUCCUAAAGACCCCUAACCUGGGCUUGCACAGGGAAGGUGGGUGGGACAGGGAUGGGGAAUCCGUGGUGCCAGACCCCU